GAAAGCAUUCUUUAGUUAUUCUCCCGAUGAGAAUUCCUUCCAGCUAGGUCAUCUAGGUGCAAAUAAAUCUAUCAUAUCAGGUAUAUUGCACAUUCGUUAUACUGAAGAGAAACCGGUAUUCGCUAAAAAAGUUAAAGUUUCUUUCGUUGGAAAAGAAUAUGCCUUUUUCAGAGGAACUUUAAUCGAAGAAAAAAACAACAAUGAUGGUAAUGAUUAUUCCGAUGGAGAUGAAAGUUAUGCUAAUAAUGAAUAUGAUAGUGAUGUCUCUCCAACUAACCCGUCAAUUCAUACUGCCAAACGAAAAUUUUUUGGUACAACUACUUGUUUAUGGAAGUCUCAAAGUAAAGGUUCAUAUGAAGGAGUAAAAUUUUUGGAUUUACCUUUCAAAUUCAAACUUCCCAAUAAUCUUCCCCCUUCAAUCGUUAUGGAUGGAGGUUGUGGAAGAAUUUAUUAUACUUUAAAAGCCGAAAUUUCUCGAAGACCUUUAGAUCCUGAUAGUCGUAUUCAUAAAAAGAUAAUAAAAAUGGUAGUUCCUAUUUCUCGUUACACAAUUACUCCUCCACCAAAUCCUUCCAAAUGGCUUGCCAAUGAUGAAGGACCAGCCAUAUCUCAUAUUGUAGGUUAUGAAGUAGCAUUAAGUAAUACAACUUUCAGCCCUGGAGGCACUAUAAUUGUUCCAGUAAAGUUGAAAUUUCGCGAACCACAAGUUUACCUCAAAAAAAUAAUGGUGGGAAUUAAAGAAUAUCAUGAAUUUCGAACAAACAAAUAUGAAACAUCGACAAAGAAAUACAUAUCACAAGAAAGUAUUUUGGGUAAUUCUAUUUCGAUGACAGAUAGUCCCGAUAAUAAUGAAAUAUCAGUUGAAGUUAAACUUAAUAUUCCACAUUUUAGAAAUUUGACUUAUAGUGUGGAAACAACUUAUUUGACGGUGAUGCAUAAACUUAAAGUAAAAAUUAAUAUGGGUAGAGCACCCGACAUAAACUUAUCGAAACCUAUAACUAUUGAAAACAUUAUAACUCAUGAAGAAGCAUUCCCACCAGCUCCUCGCAAGGUUGAAGUUUCAAAUGUUAUUAAACCACGUAGAUUAAUUACCAAAUCAAUUGAACCAAUCAAACUUCCUACCAAGAAAAACAAACGAUUUUCAACAUUCAUACCUUUCUUCAACAAAAUUCAAGCUCUUGAUCCUGUUACUCAAAAACAGAUUUCUAUGUUGCAACUUCAAAUUGUUGAUGCCAAAAAUCCUAACAAGAUUUAUAAUUCAAGAUCACUUAUUGUCGCUUAA